AUGUCUAUUCCCCCAGUUGGCACGCCUGUGGGCCUCGAGGUCCCGGCCAAGGACGUGGCUCGUGGGGCUGAAUUCUACAAGGCUGUUUUCAACUGGACAUUUGCUGCCUCCACCCUGGGAUUCCCCGCGCAUAAGCUUCAAACUUUCGAGGUUCCUGGAGGAAUCUUUCCCAUCGGAGGUGCCAUGCGUCUGGCGGAAGAAAUUCCAACAGGCACCGGUGCCACUAAGCUCUACUUCUACGUCAAUGACAUUGGUACUGCAAUGGAUGCCAUUGAAAAGAACGGCGGCAAGAAGGCGAGCGAGGUUAUUCCAGAAGGCAACAAGGGGCUGUUCCAGUAUUUUGAGGAUUGUGAAGGCAAAAAAUUUGCGAUCUACACCUAUAAUUGA